AUGGCAACUUUUCACCACAGCAACCCAACGGAUAGAGACAUCAGGAGAGUCCUCCAAAAAUUUAUAAUCAUUCUAUCUUUGGGAAUCAUCUGUGUCUCUCUCUUCUACUUCUUCACGGGAUGCUGCGAGUCGGACCUAACGGAAAUCUUAGUCUCGGACAGACCCGCCAGCGAUGACAGAAACCUGACGUUCUAUAACUACGUUGUAACGGUACAGGAUGAAGAUGGAUACCCAGGGACCGGGGAGGGGAGCACACUGACGCCCGGUUUGGGGACUGAUAACACGGGCAAAGAUUGGAAGGCGACCCGGCGGUUACCCCAAGCCCUUAUUAUAGGAGUGAAGAAGGGUGGCACGAGGGCAUUGCUGGAGUUUCUCAGGCUGCACCCGGACAUCCGCGCGCUGGGCUCUGAGCCGCACUUCUUUGACCGGCAUUACGCACGAGGCUUGCACUGGUACAGGAGUAUGAUGCCCAAGGCCUUGGACGGCCAGGUUGUCAUGGAGAAGACACCGCGUUACUUUGUUACCGUGGAGACCCCGGGGCGUGUACACUCCAUGUCGCGUGACGCGAAGCUGAUUGUGGUGGUCCGAGACCCUGUGACCCGGGCCAUCUCUGACUACACCCAGAUCAUCUCCAAGACCCCCCACAUCCCUGCCUUCGAGGCCCUCGCCUUCAAGAACCGCACCAAUGGUGAGAUUGACUCUCUAUGGAGCCCUCUGUGGAUCGGACUGUACGCCCAACACCUGGAGCGCUGGCUGGCCUGGUUCCCCCGGGCCCAGAUCCACCUGGUCAGUGGGGAGGGCCUCAUCUCCGACCCGGCAGGAGAACUAGGAAAGGUCCAGGACUUCCUGGGCCUCCAGAGGAUUGUGACGGACAAGCACUUCUACUUCAAUAAGACUAAAGGUUUCCCCUGCCUGAAGAAGCCGGAGGGAAGCAGCAAGCCCCACUGCCUGGGGAAGACUAAAGGCCGAACACACGCCCCCAUCGACCCUGAAGUGAUCCGGAGACUGAGGGAGUUCUACAGGCCGCACAACCAGCGGUUCUAUCAGAUGGCUGGCCAGGACUUUGGAUGGCAAUGA